AUGGCCACCACAGCGUCUUCCAAAAAGGAACAGCUCUGGGCCCCGCCUUUGAUCUUGUUGGCGGGGCUAAGGGAUAAGAACUGCAUCGCGCGGGACAAGUCGCCGGCGGCGCCUAACGGAGCAGGCCGGAAAGGGAUGUCAGAUCCUAUUGGUGCCUCCUGGUGUGGGUGCUGACAUACAAACUCUGGUACUCUGAUAAAGCAAAGUGACAGCAUGGAGCUGGAGAGGAUCGUCAGUUCAGCUCUCCUUGCUUUCGUGCAGACACACCUCCCGGAGGCGGACGUCAGUGGCUUGGAUGAGGUCAUCUUCUCCUAUGUGCUUGGGGUCCUGGAGGACCUGGGCCCCUCAGGACCCUCUGAGGAGAACUUUGAUAUGGAUGCCUUCACAGAGAUGAUGGAGGCUUAUGUGCCUGGCUUUGCGCACAUCCCCAGGGGCAUAAUAGGGGACAUGAUGCAGAAGCUCUCGGUGCAGCUCAGUGAUGCUAGGAACAAAGAGAACCUGCACCCACAGAGCUCCUGUGUCCAAGGUCAGGUGCCCAUUUUUCCAGAGACCCUGAGGCAACCCGAAAAGCUCAAAGAAGAGACCAGGUCUUCUGCUGCUGCUGGGGACACCCAAGAUGAGGCAGCUGGUGCUGAGGAAGAGCUUCUGCCGGGAGUAGAUGCACUCCUGGAGGUAUUCCCUACCUGUUCUGUGGAGCAGGCCCAGUGGGUGUUGGCCAAAGCUCGGGGGGACUUGGAAGAAGCUGUACAGAUGCUGGUAGAGGGCAAAGAAGAGGGGCCUCCAGGCUGGGACGGCCCAGAUCAGGACUUGCCCAGGCGCCUCAGAGGCCCCCAGAAGGAUGAACUGAAGUCCUUCAUCCUUCAAAAGUACAUGAUGGUGGAUAGUGCAGAGGAUCAGAAGACCCACCGGCCCAUGGCUCCCAAGGAGGCCCCCAAGAAGCUGAUCCGAUACAUUGACAACCAAGUAGUAAGCACCAAAGGGGAGCGAUUCAAAGAUGUACGGAACCCUGAGGCCGAGGAGAUGAAGGCCACGUACAUCAACCUCAAGCCAGCCAGAAAGUACCGCUUCCACUGAGGCCCUGGCUGGACUCUGCUGAGCCUUCCAGAUCCCAGAGGGAUGCAGAAACCCUCCCGCCCGCCCGUCCGCCCACCGUCCGUCUCUGUUGCUCUAGUGUUAAUCUGUUCUUGGAGCUGAGCACAGUAAAGGUGGUCCAAGGAAGGUGUAA